GGGUUGGGACGCUUGAUAUAGGGCAACAAGUGAGGGUCUCGGCACAGCCACGCACCAGCCGGCCGCACCGACAGACAUCCUCUGACACCCGGUGCUCAACACUUACUCUCUUGCUCUCCCGCCACCACAACAGCAAUGGCAGGAUUCAGUAUCGUGAUGGCCGUCGCGUGGGUAUUGGUACUUGGCGUGACGUGGACCCUCGCCUCACCCCUCGCCCCCGUGCCCACCGCCCUCGAAUCCCCCUCCGCCGCCCACCACACGGCCGCCGGCGACCCCCUCGAAGCCCCCCAGGAGAAAAGGCUGCUUAAGUACCUCAUCCCCAGCGGUGGCUCAUGGAUGCCCACGCAGAUGGAAGGCUCGAAGAGAGGUUACAACAAGAACUACCUCAGGUUCGGGCGAAGUGAAGAAGACAAGAGAGACGGUCGUAAUUUCCUGAGGUUCGGUCGUGGCGGCGAAGACAUCGACAUGGACGACCUCGAAAAUUUCCCCGAAACCGAAGAUUCCGUCGAGAAGAGAAACCGCAACUUCCUCCGCUUCGGCCGCGAUCGCAACUUCCUGAGGUUCGGCCGCUCUGACGCUGAGGAUUUCGGUCUGCCCGGUGGCCCCCUCGCUUUUGCUAAUGGUAUGCAGGAUGAGGACUUGCUCGAGGAUAUCCCACUGGACGAGAAGCGCGCCGGUCACAGGAACUACCUUCGCUUCGGUCGCGGCGGCAUCAAGAACAGGUUCGGACGUGCCGGCAACCGCAACUUCAUUCGCUUCGGCCGCUCCGUUGACCGCCAACUGAAGGAGGAGAAGACCCGUGACACCACCCUGAACCCCACCGCCGCCCCCCACUCCCCAGCCAAGACCCAGGAGUCCCACCGUUCCAAGAGGUCCGCCAGUCCCUACAACCAGAUCAUGAUGCCUUCCCGCGGACCCGUCGCCUGGGGCAUCGACUACCAGCCCGAGGAAGAGGAGGAGCUCGACGAAUCCCUGGACGCCCCUGAGGUCACCAAGCGUGCCUACAACAAAAGCUUCCUGCGCUUCGGCCGCGAUCGCAACUUCCUCAGAUUUGGCAAGAGGAACGACGCCCCCACCGAGUUCGAGAUGGAGCCCCCCACCUACCCCCGCUUCCAAAGGGCCCCCUACGUAGUGAGAUUCGGUUAAGAUGGAGCAGCUCUUCGGGCCGCCCCUCUCCCUUAACCUCCCUUCCCGUCCCCUCUACCUACCUAACCCUCUCCCGGACCGCCAGACAGACACACACAUACACACAUACCAUAUAGACACAUACUCGUACAUUCCCCUAUGACUUAGAUGCCUAAUUGAGCACCAGACAGCCAGCCAGCCAGCCGUCGCCGAGCUCUCACCUCCUUGUAUGAACGAAGCGCCGACCCCAGUCAGUCGUGCUAACCGUUCCGCGCCGACGAUCUUCGAGUGUCGCUGUUUAAGACGCACCCAGUAAUAAUCUCCUUAUGCAAACGAUGACGGCGGCGUGGCAGGGGCGUCUGUCUCUCUGAAGUGCGUCUGAUUAAACGUCCCUUGACUAAGCCUCCAGUUCCCCUCCGUGACCCUCGGCGGCGACUCCCAGGCCGUUGUAUUUCAAGAAGCAAAAGAGGAUACCUUCGAUGUCCCUGACCGAGAGGAAGGAAGCCGCAGGACAGACAUGCUUAUUAUUUUUCAUUCUCCUGACGAAGUGGAGAAGCGUGACUGACCUCGGGUGGCGAAAAGAGGAGAAAAAGUUGAAGAAGACGAGGAAAUAAGAGAAAAAAGAAGAGGAGAAGGAGUGGAUGAAUAGAAUAGGAAGGAGAAACGUGGAAUAACAAGAAGAGGAAAGAAGAGAAAGAAGAAGAAAAGAGAGGACGAGUAGAAAACGGAGGACAAAAAGUGAAAGAAGAAGAAGAGGAAAAUGCAAGUAGAAAAAGGGAGGAGAAAAAAAGUUAAAAUAGAAGAGAAGGAAGCAGAGAGUGAGCGGACGAGGAUAGCGAGCACUGAAGCAUGGAGUGUUAGUCUGUGUGUCUGUGCUUGUGGUGUUGUGUUUUAGUGUAACGUUCCUUGUCGAAGAGUAGAGAAGAGAAGAGGAGAGGAGAGGAUAGGAGACGAGAGCUGCAUAUCCCCCCCCCCCAAACCACCAUAUAUCAUUAUCCUUAAGGCUCUAUAUGAUGUGAUACUUAUGUGACCAGAACGAGACUUUACGUAGAGUGUAUUUAGAUGUACGUGUGUGUGACUGUAUAGUUAUUUGUUGGGCUGGGAUUAGCUUUAGAUAUUUAUUGAACUAUUUAUUAUUAUUAUUACGAAGAUGAGGAGGAAGAGUAUUAUUAUUAUUAUUAUUAUUAUUAUUAUUAUUAUUAUCAUGUAUUGUUAGCUGUUAGACCUUAUUCUAGUCAAUUGCGGAUCUCCUGUGGGCGCUCUCUGUCUCUAUCUCUUUUCUCUCUCUCUCUCUCUCUCUCUCUUAACUUACAUAUCGAAGAACACACACACACACACACACACACACACACACACACACACACACACACACACGGUACAGUAGUCAGUCAUCAACAGCUUUAGUAUAUACACUGAGGAGGACUUUAGUGCUUGUUAACUCGUCUGCAAAUGAUGAUGAUGACGAUGAAUAUGAUUAUGAUGACUACUGAGAGAGGUUGCAUGUAGAAAGGGAUGUCAGGUAGAAGAAGAAAUCCUUCGGUCAUUGUAUCCGUUGUUAAUUCUCGUUGUCAUGCACACACGCGUAAUGGGAUGUUGCCGAAGCCGAGGUCUGAGGUUAUUUAUGGUUGAAUUCGCCGUGAAAUCUUAUAUAUAUAUCUACGUUCACUACUACCAGAGGAGGAGGAGCUGCGGCAGGAGGUGGGACAAGUCUGGGCCAAUAAUAUUCUGUGACCACCCUAAAUAAUAUUAUGCCGUGCAUCACUUUGUUGAAAUAAACGAUUCAUUUCU